GGUUCGUAUUCGUUUGACGUGCUGGAAAGAAGCUAUCCCUGCAGCUUGGUUCCCCAAUCAACGCGCCUUCUUUACAGCUCUCUCGCGUCUUACCACGGGCAGACAAAGACAGCCAUUUCUCUUUCCUUCCAUCCCAUCCUUCGUUCCCAUCUACCAGAAAUCCUGGUAUUUCAUCUCGCCAAUUAUCACCACACGAAUACAAUUCCAAUUGUCCAUGAUGGCCGACAUAACGGAUCACGCUACCAUCCCCGCAGAGGUCUCUGUCGCAGAGGUCGCUGUCGCCGAGGUCCCAGCUGUGGAGGCCGUCGCAAACCAAGAGACCAAGCAAGAUGCGCCCGCGCCCGCACAGCAGGACACGCCAGCCACCGCCUGCGAGGAGUCGGAGGAGGACUCCAACUCCAAGAAGGUGACACUUGCGGACUUGACAGCCAAAGGCACUGCACUUUACGCCAAGAAACAGUACGAAGACGCUGCCGAAUGCUUUACGAAGGCGGCCGAGCUACAGGACGAAAUUAACGGCGAAAUGCAUCCCACGAACGCCGAGAUCCUAUUCCUUUACGGCCGCAGUGUUUUCAAGGUUGGACAGAGCAAGAGCGAUGUGCUGGGAGGUAAGGCCGGCAGUGAGAAGAAGGUCGAGAAACCCAAGACCAAGGCUCCCAAGAAGGCCGCUUUGGAGGCUGCCCCGACUGAUGCGCCGGCCGAGUCCAAUGCGCAAAGAAUAACAGAGGAGGGUGUUGCGAUUAUCGCAACUGAUGCGAGCGGUGCGAAGACGGUUGACAAGGUCGAAGAGAAGAAGCCUCUCUUCCAGUUCAAUGGCGACGAAAACUUCGACGACGAGUCGGAUGACGAAGAGGCCGAGGGCGAAGGCGAAGAGGAAGAAGAGGAGGACGACCUUGCCGUGGCAUUCGGUGUUCUGGACAUGGCACGCGUUCUCUACAACCGUCAAUUGGAGCAAUUUGAGAAAGAGGAGCCUAACGGCAAGGCUCAAGAGCAGCUUGAUGGUGAUAAGCUAAGCAUCAAGCAUGUCAAGGAGCGUCUUGCUGACACGCAUGAUCUUCUUGCCGAGAUCUCUCUGGAGAACGAGAGAUACCCUGACGCCAUCGAGGAUUCACGCAAGUCGCUGAAAUACAAGAAGGAGCUGUACACUGAUGAUUCCGAGAUCAUUGCUGAGGCACACUUCAAGCUGUCGCUGGCGCUCGAGUUCGCCUCAGUCACGACCACUCAAGAGGAGGGCGAGCAGGCGGAGAGCAAGCCUUUUGACGAGAAACUCCGCGAGGAGGCUGCUAACGAGCUCGAGGCUGCCAUUCGCAGCACGAAACUGAAGCUCCAGAACAAGGAGGUGGAGCUCGCGACCAUGGCAUCCCCUGAGGACAACGAGGUCACAAGGGCUACCAUUACCGAUGUUAAGGAUAUGAUUGCGGAUAUGGAGCAGCGCCUUGUGGAUCUCCGCAAGCCUCCUAUUGAUGUCAACGCUGCGCUCGGUGGCGAUGGCGUUGGCGGCAUCCUGGGCGCGGCGCUCGGCGAGUCUGCAGCCCAGACCCAAGCCCGCGUCGAGGAAGCCAAGAAGACGGCAACGGACCUCACUGGGCUUGUUAGGAAGAAGAAUAAGGACGAGCCUAAGUCUGCCGACAAGCCUGCUGUAGAAGCGAAGGCGACUGAGGUUUCGGCCAACGGUGAGGAGUCCAACGGAAUCAAGCGCAAGGCCGAGGACUUUGCCGAGACAGAUGAAUCCGCUAAGAAGGCGAAGGUUGAAGAGGCGGCCUAGGCCUGGGGCGCAACUUUGUAAUAUUGGGUUUCAGCGAAAAUGAUCUUGGAGGCUUUGCACGAUACGGAACACGGUAUGGGGCCACUUUCACAUGGGUAUCACGGCAGAACUGUACAAUAGUCAAACACUCGGUGUGAUGGGAAAUGUCAUUUGCGGGUAGCAAUGGGCGGCAUUCGUAUUGCCCAGCCUCAACUGCAGCUUCUCACGUUGC